AUGCCAUCAAAAAAGCAAGUUUACUCCUUUCUCCUGCAUAGUUGUGCUCACAACGUCACAAGCAUCAGGGUGAAGCACCAGGGGACCUCUCCAACGUGGGGGGUGGGAGCACAGCUGGGACUCCCAACUUUAACCUCUUUUUUUUGUUUGUUUUCUUCCCCCUUUUUCCUGCAGAUGACGGCUCGCCUGAUGCUCGCCGUGGGAGGAGCGGUGCUGGGUUCCUUGCAAUUCGGCUACAACACCGGCGUCAUCAACGCCCCGCAAAAGGUGAUUGAGGACUUCUACAACCGUACCUGGCUGUACCGGUACGAGGAGCCCAUCAGCCCUGCCACCCUCACCACGCUCUGGUCCCUUUCCGUCGCCAUCUUCUCUGUCGGAGGCAUGAUCGGGUCCUUUUCUGUGGGGCUCUUCGUCAAUCGCUUUGGACGGCGCAACUCCAUGCUGAUGUCCAACAUUCUCGCCUUCAUCUCCGCUGUCCUCAUGGGCUUCUCCAAGAUGGCUUUCUCCUUCGAGAUGCUCAUCCUCGGCCGCUUCAUCAUCGGCCUCUACUCUGGCCUCACCACUGGUUUUGUGCCCAUGUACGUGGGUGAGGUGUCGCCCACCGCGCUGCGGGGUGCCUUGGGGACCUUCCACCAGCUCGGCAUCGUCUUGGGCAUCCUCAUCGCGCAAGUGUUUGGUUUGGACUUGAUCAUGGGGAAUGACUCACUCUGGCCUCUACUCCUGGGGUUCAUCUUCGUCCCUGCCCUGCUGCAGUGCAUCAUCCUGCCCUUUGCCCCCGAGAGCCCCCGCUUCCUCCUCAUCAACCGCAACGAGGAGAACAAAGCCAAGAGCGUCCUCAAGAAGCUGCGGGGCACAACAGAUGUCAGCAGCGACCUCCAGGAGAUGAAGGAGGAGAGCCGGCAGAUGAUGAGAGAGAAGAAGGUCACCAUCAUGGAGCUCUUCCGCUCCCCCAUGUAUCGCCAGCCCAUCCUCAUUGCCAUCGUCCUGCAGCUGUCCCAGCAGCUCUCGGGGAUCAAUGCAGUUUUCUACUACUCCACCAGUAUCUUUGAGAAGUCAGGUGUGGAGCAGCCUGUCUACGCCACCAUCGGCUCCGGCGUGGUCAAUACAGCUUUCACAGUCGUUUCGCUCUUCGUGGUGGAACGAGCGGGACGCAGGACCCUCCACCUCAUCGGCCUGGCGGGGAUGGCGGGUUGUGCGGUGCUCAUGACCAUCGCCCUGACGCUGCUGGACCAAAUGCCCUGGAUGUCCUACCUCAGCAUCGUGGCCAUCUUCGGCUUCGUGGCCUUCUUCGAGAUCGGCCCAGGCCCCAUCCCCUGGUUUAUCGUGGCAGAACUGUUCAGUCAAGGCCCUCGUCCCGCUGCCUUCGCUGUUGCCGGGCUGUCCAACUGGACCUCAAACUUCAUCGUGGGCAUGGGCUUCCAGUACAUCGCGCAACUCUGCGGCUCCUACGUCUUCAUCAUCUUCACGGUGCUGCUAGUCCUAUUCUUCAUCUUCACCUACUUCAGGGUGCCGGAGACGAAGGGUCGGACCUUUGAUGAGAUCGCCUCGGGUUUCCGUCAGGGGGGAGCCAACCAGAGCGACAAAACCCCGGAUGAGUUUCACAGCUUGGGUGCCGACUCCCAGGUGUAACCCGCCUGCGGCGCCUCCCGGCUGCUCACCUUCUCUCCUCAGUUUGUUGGGUUUUUAUUUUUUAAAAUGCUUUGUACAGAAACCAGGAAGGAGGGAGUGGGGGGUCCGGCUCUUGUGCAUACACCCCUUUUCCAGACUCCCCCACUGGUUUAUCGGGGACAGACUGACUUUUUUUUUUAAUGCUAGGAACAAUUUUUUUUUUUUUUUUAUUAGCUGGUUUCGCGUCCAGGAUUUCAAAGCCAAUAGAUGUUUUAAAAAACCAACCAGGCAGCCUCCGCCAGCGGGAGGGCGGCACCCUUUUUUUAACGACGCGAUAGGUUAUUUAACGAGAAAUCACGUAGUGGAAGUUUUUAAAGCUGGAAGCUUUUUUUUUUUUAACGUUCUAAUCGUAUAAAAAUCACGUAAAUCGACUAAAUCUAAACCAACAAUAUUUUUUUUUUUUAAGAAAAAAGAAAACAAAAAAACAAGUUAUUUUUUAAAGCAGUCUAAUUGGUUUCCAGCCCCCGGUGGGUUUGUGGACGGGGACCCCCCCGCCCUGGGGGCACGCUGAGGACGGAGCAGUCCCAACCCCAGCGACUGGAAGGGUCGAUAAUCCUGGCGCAGGUUGCAGAGCGUCGUCUCCGCCAGCAGCUUCUCGUCUCCUUUGCCUGAAUUUCAGCCGGGAGAGGUGGUGGGGGGUGUGUGGAAAGGGGAAGGAGUGUCUGGUUUUAUUUUUUUGGUUUAAUCUCGGCAAUAUUUGCCUGAUGGUGAAGCGCCGGCAGAGCGAAACCGGCAGCCACACACUACAGCAACACCCCCCUCCAUCGCUACCCGCCCCCCAGGCCCGGACUCACCAAAAUCCAUCAUCACGCGGAUACAUCCAUUUCCUGCUCUGUGUAUAGACUGGAAGAUAUUUAUAUUAUAUAUAUUUUUGUUCAAUGGUUGUUAAUAGUAGACAUUUAAGUUAUAGCAUUUCUGAUUUGACAAGCAAAGUACUGUAAAUAUUCUUGGAGUAUAUUCACAUUGUAUAAUGUAUACAAAAAGGUACAGAUGCAAAGGUAUAGUUUCUAUAGCGACUAAGAAAAAGCUUGUACAUGGUUAGGAUGACUUUUGUAUAGUUCAUUACCUGCACUGUAGUUGUAUCUAUUGCACUGAAUUUCAGGCUGUAGUAUAUUAAAAAAAAAAAGAGAAAUACUGUCCUUUUCAAACAAAACUGAAAAAAAAAAAGCAUCCCUUCUCCCCGCGUGCAACUGGUGUGGGAGCUACUGGCACAUUCCCAAAGCCACAGGCAGUUUGUAUUUUAAAUAGGGUCUUUUUUUUUUAAUUUAUUUGUCUGUUAUGGAAGUGACCACACUUGAAAGAAAAUAAAGGGGGGGGGGGAAAAAUAUGUAUAAAACACCCUGUGAUAAACUUAAACUGGCGUCUCUGCGCAGCGCGGAGCAUGCAUGUGUGUGUUUUGUUUUUGUUUUUUUUUUAAACAAA